UUUUCACCCAGAAAAUGCUGUCAAAGAUGAGCAAAGAAUCAAACGGGCCACAGGACUUUGCAAGCAGCUGGUUGCGGUCUUCACUCACAGCUGGAAGAAGAAGGCGGCACUAAAACAGGCACAGCAAGACUUGAACCUACCUCAACAGUCACUGGUCACUGAAUGUCCGACACGAUGGGGCUCCCGGCAGAAAAUGAUUGGGAGGGUGUUGGAGCAGAGCAAGGCACUGUGCCAGGUUCUGUCUGAAGACAGGAAGACGCGGCACCUGGUCCCCACUUGGCAAGACACAGAUGUCCUUGAAUCUGUAAACAAUGCCCUCGGUCCUCUUCAGGAGUUCACAGACGCCCUCUCAGGUGAGGACUACGUAAGCGUGUCAUACCUGAAGCCAGUGCUCCAUCUCCUCAGAACAGCAACGCUUGCUGAAACUGACCAGGACACGAAUCUCACCAAGGAGAUCAAAUCAAGAGCUCUCCACUACAUUGAAGAGAAAUACAGCGACCCAGUGACACAGAAGCUCUUGGACAUCACAUCCUUCCUUGAUCCAAGAUUCAAGAAGAGCUACAUAAGUGAAGAGAAUGUCCCAUACAUCAAAGACAGAGUGAAGAUGGAAAUGGAACAGGUGGCACAAAAGGAGCAGAGGGCUUGUGUCACAACCCAUCCCAUGCCCCUAAGUGCAGAAGAAGAACCACCAUCCACCUCUACAAAGCGAAAGCGGUCACUGGGCAGCUUUUUCAAGACCAAGGCGGUCCCUGCUUCCUCUACUGUGCAGUUGGAGGAUACCAUUAAAGCAGAACUGGACAACUACCUCAUAACUCCUACCAUUGAUGGAGAGCAAGAUCCACUGGCCUGGUGGAGAGUGCACAAUGUCAACUUCCCAUGGCUUAGCAAGUUGGCUCGUAAGUACCUUUGCAUACCAGCAACGAGUGCACCAUCAGAGAGACUGUUCAGUGCCAGUGGCAAUAUUGUCACAUGUCAGCGUGCAAGUCUGAAGCCAGCAAAGGUUGACAUGUUGGUUUUCUUGGCCAAAAAUCUCUGAAGGGAUGAAGGGGAAGAUUUAUUGAUUUUUGUUGUUGUUCUUCUGCACCUUACCCUGACAUGUCUUUGUUCCAUUAAAAAGGUGUUCACUCUUUUUUACUUAUCUUUUGUUUACAGACUAGAUGUUAAAUAAUGUAACCAGUUGGACAUAUUUUGUUGAUGAGGAAAAUGUAUUUAUUGUAUUAAUUAUUAUUAUUAUUUAGUUUUACUACCUUUACAUUUCACUUCCUCUUGCCACUUUAUUUGAAGAAGAAUCACAGGUUUCUGAAUACACGGGUUGAAUAUCUGUAACUGCUGCUGAUGUUGAGGUUCAUAAGCUAGCUCCUUUGAGCCAUUUUGCACUACUUUUAAGGUAAGACUUCUUUUUUGAUCCACUUUGUUGUUACACAGAAACUUGUUUAAAUAAAAAAAAUCGUGGUUGAAAUCGAAAUCGCAAUCUCUGCCAGAAAAAUCGCAAUUUCAAUUUUUUCUUAAAAUUGUUCAGCCCUAACCAGAUAUGGAGCGAACAGCCUUGAUUUUGAUGUGGAAAAUGCUGUGCUGAAGGUUUACAGCCAUUUCAGCAUAUCAGCAAGCAGAACAGCACAAUUAAAGGAAUUCUGUGAGUUUGUGGAGGAGGAGGAAUGCAACCUGCUGCGGCAUGUUGUUACCAGGUGGUUGUCCCUGCUGAAAUAUUGGAAGGCCCUGACCAGGUACUUCCAGAGUGAGGGUGAGGGGGACUGUGCCAGAACUGUGUGGAGAUGUUUUGGAGAGGAAAGCAAUGAGGUGUCAGAGACAUAUUUUCUGUUUCUCAGCCAUGUUCUUAAGGUGUUCUCCGACACGAUCGAAGCACUUGAAGCAAAAUCCUUCAGCAAUACAUCAGUGUUUAAGGUAAUGACUGAACUAAAACAAAAGCUAGAAAGAAGGAUGAAGGACAGGUUCUUUGGGUUUACUGUUAACAGCAAACUGAAGCAGCUGCCCCCUUGCCCAUCAAAAAAAUGUGAAGCAGAUUUUCUGCUUUUUUAUGAAAGAGCAAAGAAAUACAUCAGUGAAAGAUAUGACUUCUCUGACACAAGCUUUCAUAGCAAAGUGGCCAAGCUUGGCCUCAAAACUUCUGUGCCAUUUGAAGACUACAGUGCUGCUGUCCAGGCCUGCAAUCUGGACAUUGAUAUGGAUGGACUGUAUGAGGAAUAUGCCAUGGUGGAAGGUUCCUUCAGCUCACCAGAAAUGGAAGGUUGCCACAGUGAGGAACGAUAUUUGAAACUGUUUUCCAAAGCAGAUGUACCACUUGUGAAUCUCAGCGCCUAUAUUUUCUCCAUCCCAUGCAGCAAUGCACACACAGAACGUGUCUUUUCAAUGAUGACAACUGCAUGGAGAAACGAGAGGAAUCGCCUGGAUGUGGACAGUGUCAAGGCUGAGCUGCAAGUGUGUGUCAAUUUCACUUAUCCCUGCACAGAGGUGUACAAGAAGUUCAUUGAAAACAAAAAACUCUUGGAUGCAGCCAGGAAAGAACAGAAGUAUUGCAGAUAGACAAUCAACUACUUUGGAUAUAAACAGGCCCAGGGGCAGUGGGGGCUUGGAAGCCAUGAUGUCAGAGGUGCUGUUGUCUCCUGAGCGGCUACAGAGGGUGAAUGUGGAGUUUGCUUAAAUACAGGUGGACUGGCGCGCACACACACACACACACACACACACACACACACACACACACACACACACACACACACACACACACACACACACACACACACACACACACACACACACACACACACACACACACACACACACACACACACACAGAUGAAGACACUGAAGACAAGUCCCCAAAAGACUGAAGCACUUUAGAAAUGCUAUACUUUUUGAGCUGUUGAAUGUAAAGGUUUUUUUUUUUUUACAAUCUCCUUUGUUGUUUACAUAAAAGGUUAUUUAUGCUUUUCAAAAAAGCAUUUUUGUAUUAUUAUGUAUGUUACCUGUUAUUUGUUUUUUACAUUUAAGUCCACACAUGUUAUGCAUUGUGGCACUCUGCACUUUAAAAGAUUCAUCUCAGUGGU